UCUGGGGUCGUCAUGUCUGGACGCGGGAAGCAGGGCGGCAAGGCUCGCGCCAAGGCCAAGACGCGCUCGUCGCGGGCCGGGCUGCAGUUCCCGGUGGGCCGCGUGCACCGCCUGCUCCGCAAGGGCAACUACGCCGAGCGGGUGGGGGCCGGCGCGCCGGUGUACCUGGCGGCCGUGCUCGAGUACCUGACGGCCGAGAUCCUGGAGCUGGCGGGCAACGCGGCCCGCGACAACAAGAAGACGCGCAUCAUCCCGCGCCACCUGCAGCUGGCCAUCCGCAACGACGAGGAGCUCAACAAGCUGCUGGGCCGCGUCACCAUCGCGCAGGGCGGCGUCCUGCCCAACAUCCAGGCCGUGCUGCUGCCCAAGAAGACCGAGAGCCACCACAAAGCCAAGUGAGAAGGAAGCUUGGAAACCACUGAAAAACAAAGGCUCUUUUCAGAGCCACUUCUAUAGUCCUAAAAAGGUGACACGACUUGUUUUCUUCUUACGUUAUUCUUUCGUUCAGGACGAUUGAAGUUUUCUAGUUGGGCUUUAGCUUCCUGUUCACACUUAAGAGUUGGUAUUGUAGUGGCCAAGGGCAGGCUGCGCCCAGGUUACCACAUUGGCAUGUUACUCUGAACUAAAUACACUUGGGAAGCCUCCACUGUGUAAAGACACUCCUGCUGUUUCUCUGAAAGCUGGGUCACCAGAGAUAGGAACUCUAAAGACCCGGGAGCUGCAGUUUCUACUAGUCUGCUUUGUUCAACUUGUUCAGUCCAGGAUCUCAAACGUGUUUUCUGUAUUUUGCCAAAUCCUCAGGUUUUUGUCUAAAAAGUAAAAACUUCUGCCUUG